AUGAAGGUCGCUGUUCUCACCCAGGUUCUGCUCCUUGCAGCCUCUGCUAUCGCUGCUCCUGCUCCGGGCCACGGUCUCGCUGCCCGUGUUGCUCGUCGUAAGCUCGGAAAUCACCAGACACACCCCAAGAUUCCUGCUCCCAGUGCGGACUUGGAGCCGUCUGAGCUAGCCAAAGCCAAUAGCACCCAUAAUGACUACAGCAGCAACUGGGCCGGUGCCGUCCUCACUGCACCUCCUUCCGGAACCACCUUCACUUCAGUGACGGCGCAAUUCACCGUCCCAACCCCCAAGCUUCCCUCCGGUGCCACCGCCGACUCUUCCGCCUCCGCCUGGGUCGGUAUCGACGGUGACACCUACUCUGCCGCCAUCCUACAAACCGGUGUUGACUUUAAUGUCGAUACCUCCGGCACCGUCUCCUACGAUGCCUGGUACGAGUGGUACCCGGACUACGCCUACGACUUCUCUGGCAUCAACAUCAACAGCGGCGACGUUAUCAAGGUCACCGUGACCUCCAGCAGCAGCAGUGCCGGUUCCUGCGUCAUCGAGAACCUCACUAGCGGCCAACAAGUCAGCCAGGAUCUCUCAGCUCCCUCUUCGAGCUCCAAUCUCGGCGGCCAAAACGCUGAGUGGAUUGUCGAAGACUUUGACUCCAACGGCAGCCAAGUCCCCUUCGCCAACUUCGGAACCGUCCAGUUCACAGGUGCUAGUGCUGGCGUCUCCGACGGUUCUACUGUUGGCACUGACGGCGCCGACGUGCUGGACAUUCAACAGAACAACGUUGUUUUGACUAGCUCCUCGGUGCCAAGCUCAUCCGAGGUCGACGUCAGCUACGCCGGCCAUUGA